AUGGGGCGACGGCGCGGCCGCCGGCGCCCCGCGGCGGCGGCGGCGGCGGCGGCGUCUCCGCCAUCCGGUCCGCGCGAGGACGACGACCUCGAAGCGCCGCUGCUGCGCGCGGAGGAGGAGGAGGAGGAGGAGGAGAGGGACGAGAUCCGCUCGAGAGAGACGAAGCGCGUCUCGUUCGAGGAGACGCGCGCGGACGACGACGACGGCGAGGACGACGAAGCCGCGGCGCUCACCGCGCCGCUGCUCGGGGUCUCGAGAGACGCGGACGUCGUCGACGUCGACGACGACGCCGCCGCCGCCGACGACGACGACGACGACGCGGAGAACGUGCCGUACGACGACGACGACGACGACGACGACGCGGAGAACGUGCCGUACGACGACGCGCGAGAGCUCCGCGCGAUAUGGACGCUCGGGUGGCCCAUGUUCGUGAGCUACUUCUGCCGCAUGGCCAUGGCGUCCACGGACGCGAUCAUGGUCGGUCACUACAAAGGAGGGAAACACUCGCCCGGCGACUACCUCGCCGCGGCGGCGCUGAGCGACAUGCUCACGACGCUCCUCGUCGUCCCUCCGCUGGCGUUCAACCAGGUCUUGAACGCGUUGUGUGGGCAAGCCGCGGGCGCGGGCGCGAAGCGCGUCGCGGGCGUCUGGCUGCAGCAGAGCGUCUUCUGGCUCGCGGUGACGAUGACGCCGACGCUCGUCGGGUUCUUCUUCGUGAAGGACGCGCUCCUCGGGCUCGGGUUCGACCCCGCAAUCAGCGCGCUCGCGGGCGAGUACGCACGGUGGAACGUGUUCUGGCCCGUGCCGAACGGCUGGUAUCAGUGCAUGCGGUUUUAUUUCCAAGCCGUCGGGCGCCCGAGGCCGGCGAUGUACAACGGCGUCGCGUUUCUAUUCGUCAACGCGCUGCUGAACUGGGUCUUCGUCUUCGGAGGGCCGUUUCGGUACCUGCGCGAGAGCCGCGGGCGGUGGGAGGGGUUCGGUUUCGUCGGCGCCGCGAUGUCGCUGUCGUGUUCGCGGUGCGCGCAGCCGCUGGCGUACUGGUACUACAUGUUCGUCAGGAGGAGGGCGCACGAGAGGUAUUGGCCGCGCGGGGGGUGGUCUUUUCGACACCACACGCGCGCGCGCACGGUCGAGUUUUUACGGCAAGCCGCGCCGCUCGUCGGGACGCUCGUCUUCGGCGUCGUCGUCGGCCAGGCGACGACGCUUCUCGUGUCGAAGCUCGGCACGGACGCGGUCGCGGCGACGAGCGCCAUCUCCGCGGCGACCGUCGUGUGGUCCGGCGCGAUCAACGCGAUGUUUUCCAUGGUCAUCGCGGUCCGCGUCGGAUAUCAUCUCGGCCGCGGCGACGGCGACGCCGCGCGGCGCUCGUUUUGGUUGUCCACCGCGGUCGUGUCCGCGACGCUCGUCGCCGUCGUAAUAUUCGUCGCGCCGUUCGCGGAGCCGGUGCUGUCGCUCGCGACGAGCGAUCGCGUCGUCGCGAGGGACGCCGCGAAGGUGCUCCCCGUCGCGCUACUCGCGACGACGUUGGGGGUGUUGAACAGUCUGUGCACCGGAGGCGUCUUCUCGGGGCAAGGGAGGCAGACGCUGGUGACCGUGCUGUCGUUCUUCGUAGACAUACCGCUGAGCGUCGGCGGCGUCGCGGCGAUGAUCUUGGUCUUCAAGACGAACUUGCGCGGCGUGUACGCGUACGGCUGCGCCGCCGCGGCGUUGGAGCUGCUCAUAGCGUACGGGUUCGUGUGGUCGUCGGAUUGGAAAAAGUACGCCUCGGACGCGAAGGCGAGGCAGGCGGCGGCGGCGCCCGGGGAAGACCCGCCGCGGGAAGAGAGCCGGGAAGAGCGCGGGCGCGGCGAGUCGUCGCGUCGAUCGAUCGCAUAGUUAGUAGUGAGUAGUAUAACAAUGACACGCGUACAGUACAGUACGUCGUUUAUGCGCGCGCGUCCGUCUAAAACGCCGCCUGCCACGUCGGCUCCAUGCGGCACAAGUUCCGCGGGUUGAUCGCGGCUUCGACGAGGUGAAUGACCCCCUUUUGCACGCUCGAGAGCUGCUCGCCGCCGCCCAUCCGCGGCGGCGUCGGCGCGAUGCACGGCAGCCGCUUCAACACCUCGUCCACGUUCGCCCUCGCCAUCGCGCGCACGUCCGCGGGCGUAGGCCCGAGCGGCGUCGCGUUCGACCCCGCCGCCGGGGUCAUCCGUCGCCACGGCCAGCACAUGAGCUGAUCGCGGAAAAACAAGAGAAGCCGCGUCUCGAGGCUCGUCCCGGGCGCGGCGCACGCCUGCGCGGCGGCGGCCAUCGACGCGACGAAGUCGCCCUUCACCCCGAACGGCGUGAAGAACGUGUGCAGGUUCCGCGUCAGGCGGAACGGCACCGGCUCCACGAACUCGGUCAUCCCUUUGCUGUCGAACGCGGGGUGGAAAUCGAGCAUGAAAACCUUCCCGGUGUUCUUCGCGAAGAGAAUCUUUUGCGGCGUGCGACCGCCGAUCCGCAGCAACGCGGAUAUGAAACACGACAGCGCCAUCUCCUGACACAUCUGCCGCUUGAACGUCCACAAGUGCGACCCGGUCGGGAGCGUCUUGUACAUGAACUGCGAGAAGAUGUUCUCCGUGAC